ACCUAUGAUGAAAACUAUUUAACACGCCUCACCAGCGAUGGGACGGCAUUGAGCUAUUUGGAAGCUCCUCGUAGCAAAUGAUGAACAGCAUUACUUUAGUCUGUCUUCUUCUGUGCACGGGAGUGUCUUCCUUCAGAUUUGAGGAGUUGACACAAUAUGUGAACAGCCAUGAAGAGGAAUUUAUUGAGACUCUGAGACAGUGGAUCGCUGUGGAGAGCGACUCCAGCGAUGUUACGAAGCGACCUGACCUACACAGAAUGAUGGACAUGACGGCAGAGAAACUCAGACUCGUUGGAGGAAGCGUGGAGAUGGUGGACGUCGGGACGCAGGCGCUGCCCAAUGGAAGCAGCCUCGCUCUGCCCAAAGUGGUCACAGCUCGGUUCGGUGAAGACCCCAGCAAACGCACCGUCUGUGUUUACGGUCACGUGGAUGUCCAGCCGGCCAAGAAAGAGGACGGAUGGGCAACAGACCCUUACGAGCUCACAGAUAUCGACGGCAAUCUCUAUGGAAGAGGAGCAUCUGAUAAUAAAGCGCCGGUGUUGGCCUGGAUCCAUACGGUGGAGGUCUACAAAGCCCUGAACAUCGAUCUGCCGGUGAACGUUAAAUUCAUCAUUGAGGGAAUGGAGGAGACCGGCUCUAACGGCCUGGACGACAUGAUUGUGGCUCAGAAAGACUCGUUCUUCUCAGAUGUGGAUUAUAUCAUCAUCUCUGACUGCGUUUGGCUCAGCAGACGUCCGGCGCUGACGUACGGAACCAGAGGGAACUGCUACUUCUUCGCCGAGGUCGAGGGACCCAAGAAGGAUUUGCACUCUGGGGUUUAUGGAGGAACAGUAAUGGAGCCGAUGACGGACCUGAUCAGCAUCUUAGGUGCGGACCUUCUGCGUCAAUUAAAAACGUUACACAUAAGUUCAGAAACCCAUGGAAAUACAUGUUUUUCCCCUUCUUGGCUCCAUCAGGUGGAUCUUCUCGCCCAUCGCUGGCGUCACCCGACCGUGUCGAUCCACGGCAUCGAGGGCGCUUUCUCCUCGCCGGGCACCAAGACGGUCAUCCCGGCCAAAGUCAUCGCCAAGUUCUCCAUCCGCCAGGUUCCUAACAUGGAUCCAGCCGUGGUGGAAAAGCAGGUGACUGAUUAUUUACACUCUGUGUUUGCGAAACGCAAGAGUCCCAACAAACUCAACAUCACGAUGGUCAUCGGAGCCAAACCUUGGCUGGCCGAUCCCAAACAUCCGCUGUAUGAAGCCGGAAAGGCAGCGGUCAAGAGAGUGUUUGCCGUGGAGCCGGACCUGAUCCGUGAGGGAGGCACGAUUCCCAUCGCCAGAACCUUCCAGGACGUCACAGGCAAGAGCAUCAUCAUGCUGCCCAUCGGAGGCUUCGACGACGGCCUGCAUUCACAGAACGAGAAGAUCAGCAGAUACAACUACAUGGAGGGAACCAAGCUGUUCAUCGCCUACCUGCAUGAAGUGUCCCAGAUCAAGAAGUACUGAUGUGAGGAUCUUCUGCUGUUCUCUGGAACAAACACAUCUCUCCAUUACUACUAACAAAUAUAUUUCUCUGUGCUGAUGCAUAUUUUGACAGAUUAAUGAUGCUGGAACAAAUUAAACAAGUGUUUUGCAAUG